AUGCGCGCAAUGGCGACCACUGACGUCCAGGACGCGUUCAAUCCGCUCCUGGCGCUCCAGUCGCUGCUCUCAGCCGAUCUCGCGUCGCUCAAGCAGCGCAUCAAGGCGGCCCAGCAGCUGGAGAGCUACUUCGCAGCCUUGAGCCCGACGCCAGGUCUCUUGCUGUCCUAUGAGCCCUAUUUGCCUCUAUUAAUCGAGGUUAUGGGGACGGGGGGCAAAAAUGGCCUAGAGCUACAGACCAGUGUCCUGGCUAUGCUCGUAGCGCUUUCUAGCCACAACCCGAGCGGGUUCGGGGACUGGAUGGCUCUCAACACGCUAUUGGGCAAUACGCAGUGGCUCGUGCAAUGGAGCUACGAGCUCGUGCUACAGACUGAACAAAACCGACAAGAGCGAGAGGGUCAAGUGAAAUCGAGCGUGAAGCCAGGACGUGACGCAGCGACGGCAAGGCAAGAGUGUGACCGGCUCCUGACGCGUGUGCUGCGCAUGUGGAGGACGCUCUUGGACCAUACGGAUGACGCGGCGCUCGUGGAGUUGCUGGUCAAGUGUCUCUACGCUCUGCUGACGAUGCAGGAGACAGCGAUGGGUCCCGACUGGCAGCCGUUUGUGCUCAAGAAGCUACAGACGCACUUUGUCGACGUUGCCGAUGUGUUCAUUGGAUGGAUGAUGAGUGUGGGACCGCAGAGUCAACUGCGGGAAGAGAUUCUCUCGCUUCUGCAUUCAUUCGGCCGGUUGUGGGCAGAGAACAGCGUCUUUAGUCUACAGCUGCUGACUUCGUUUGCGGAUGAAAUCGUGAACUUGUGUGAGUCAUGGAAUGAUUAUCAAGAAGAUGAUGGCGAUCGUCUCAGUGCUUUGUUGGUAAGUUUCGUGAUGGUGGCACAAUGCGUUCCAGACCUCGCCUUAGCUGCUGAUGAGGUCGAGAGUUCUUUUGCAAGAGUGCUUCAUUGCGUGGCCUUGUGCUCUCAACCAAAAUACUCUCUGUUUUGUUUGGCAAACUGUUCCGCAUACUUAACCGAAAUGUCGGACUGUAAGCACAGCAGCUUUCCCACUCUCUCCGUUACCGCGGCAAGGUUCCUACUAUACCACUGCGCUGUACAAUCUCAAAUGCACGAUAGCGAGGUUGAUAAACUGUUGCAGGUCAUAGAGAACACUUGCAAGUUAGCAAGUGCAAGCUUUUGCCAUAUCCAGGACCCACUCCACUUGCAGUCGACUGCGAUAGGCGCACUGCAAGAUGAGAUAUCUGUCAAAGUUGUUAAGAAAGGCGGUCAACCGAAGCGUGUGACGACCAUGGAAUGCUUGUAUCAAUUGGACUCUGCAACUGGGGCGAGGCACAUUACCCACUUGUGCCUGCAGUUUGUGCACCUGGGAGGGAUCGGCGCUCUAAAGGUGCUUGUGGAGCAAGCCUUCCGAACUUUAAGUGGUCUUCGAGUCGAGGAGGGCCCAAGCUACUUCGUGUUUCCAGCGACGUGCUUUAUCUUGGUCUCCCGAAAUUCGAAUAAGAUUACUUUUUCACGAGGUGACGAUGACCCUCACGUGAUCGCGACUUCUGAAUUAUUUUUGACGAUGCUGGAACAGCAUAGUGAUCGACGGUACCAGCACAAAUUGACAACUCGUCAGCUGUGCCUUGUGCUAGAAAUGGCAAGCGCAUUCGUUAGCUUUGCAUCUCAGUGGGAUGCCGGCCAAAGCGACGCUACUGAGAGAACAAAGGGGGUAGCACGUCGGAUAUUGGACUGUGCUGCAAGCUUGCUGCCCAGUCGGUCGAUUGUAGUUCGGGAUCGUCGACUUGUGAUCGACCUGUUGAAGAUGAUCAACCCUGUGUUAUCCAAGAGGGAACUCGUUCCCGUUGUACCGCAGCAAGUGUUCCAAAAACUUGUGAAGGUUAUAAGCAUACUCACACGCUGUUCUGGUGUAAGAGUGCGCGAAAAGUGUCUUCAGGUAUUCAAAACACUUGCUAGUCGUGCUGAAGCUCGCUCAGUUGCUUGUGAUAUGAUUGAAAUCCCCCUCGAUCUGGCAUUAGACCCUUGUCAUGGUGUACGGGACAAGACCCUCGCUUCCACUUUGUGUGAUAUCGCUCGAUGGGCGCUUUUGUGUCAAGAAAAAGUAUACACGCCUCGUCAUCCACCGCAAGAUGUACACGCUACUUUCAAUGCCGCAGACUUCGAGAACAUUAUGGACUUAUUCCACGCUUCCGAAUGCAAUGAAGUCGACUGGAAUCGCAUUUGUCGACGAAUUGGAGACCGGGUUGCUCCAAACGCAGCUUUCAGCAAUGCUGAAGUGCUCAUGGGCGCAGUACAACAAGCGGCAGGUUGGUGUGUCCAGAAUCGACUUCGCACCCAUUUCGGAGGUCCCGCUCAAAGUUUUGAGAGCAUUGACCGCUUGCUACAAGAGUGUUUAGGUAAGAUGCAAGAUGGGUUUGGGUGUACGUCCCGAGGUAAGGAUGCACAGAUGUUAACCGGUUGGUUGAUGCUUGAAUUCGUGGCUGCGUUGGAGAUGCAGAUCACCCGCGCUAUUUGCUCAACUGAAGUAGAUCAAAGUAAUUUAGAAAGUGACAAUCACAGGUCAGCACGCUUCUUUCGUACGAACAAGAUGGUGUGUGACGAUUGGCUCUCCCGGAUACGGCCUUGUCUCGUCGCGAUGUCAAAGCAUAGUGCCUCUUACGAACUAUGUCGGUAUCACAGCCACAAUCUGAUGACAACCUGCUACCUUCAUCUUAGCAGAGCAAUGACGUCCUCUACAUCCCGUGGGGUACCUGGGGGACUUUGCAACGAGCUUCGGCAAGCAGAGAAGGAUAUGGACGCUGCAUUGUUUUCUCUUUGCCGUUGCCAUGUUGAUGCAAAAGAUGCAGACUCGAUUGUUGGAUUUCAAAAGUGGAGUGAUUCCAUAUCUUCUGCUCUUAGCAACUGGUAUCAAUCAAAUGAGGCUAUCGAUAUUGAGGACGAGCACCCUAAGCUGCCCCUAUUCCGAUGGUUGGAAGCUAUGCGUUAUGAGGCAGAGAUGCGUUAUGAAGAUGCAAUCGCAGAGUACGAGUCAUUGCUGCAACCCGUUUUAGCACAAAAAGACCCAUGUUCUUCUCAAUUCACAAGUGCUGCAAAAAUAUUCGAGUGUCCUAUGAAAUACUUACGUUUGUCACCUCUAGCGCUUCUAGGAUGUUUCAAGCAGUGUGCUAAGUGCUACGCGUGUUUGCGUGCAUGGGAUAAGCUCCGAGUAUUUGCUUUCCGAUUCAUAAAUUUAGCCCAGAGCCUAGCCAACCAUACCCACGCCAUAGAGGAAAUCCAGGAGAUCUGUGCCUGUCGCGAUGCAUGGAGCGACGAGAUUGAGACUAUACGUGGUCUGGAGCACGAAGCAAUUGCGUCAGCAGAGUAUUCUGACAGCGGGUGUGCAAUAAAGGAGGAUCGAAAGAAACGAGCGGCGUUGGUGCUGAAAGUGUGGAGUGUUUUUGGUGAUUCUGUCAGUGGAUCAUCACUUGUGCAACUUGAUACUGCUGGACAGCUUCGAAGUAGAUUGAUGUCAUUGGCGUUGCAGCCGUCUCCGUGGAAUGGCUACGCAGGUGACAUUAUCGGCAAGAGAGCAGAGGAGACUCUACUUCGAAUGACGGGUAUUUCAAAGGAGACAAAAUCGGUUGACGCGCAGCUGACCAGGCUAUUUACAAGCGAUUAUAAACUUAGCGCGAAGAUAUACGACUCUACCCUUUGGAGUCAGCCAUUCUAUAUACCGAGAUGGGAUAGCUCAAGCGAUAAUGGGUCAGCUGAAAGCAUCGACGCAGAUUAUCUGCACGUAGUGAGUUUAGCCAGGUUGGCACGAAAGCAGCAUAAUUUUGUCUUCGCCCAAGGUCUUUUGAAAGAGGCCGCGACUGUGAAGGCUGCAAGCACAGCGUCUUCAAUGGCCGCUAGCUACGAGAAAGCUUUGGUACUAGAGACCAUUGGAUUGAAGGAUGGCGGUCGUCAACUGCUUGAGACAGAGUGUAAAUCUAGCUUGAGGUCGGCUAUCUUGGAACGAAUGUCCAAUAAGCAAGACAGCGCCGCCACUCGGUCGUUCUUGCACCUCGCGACAAUGUAUGCUCAUGUGGAUAUUGCAUGCCUACUGUCACCAUCGGUAUCUGGCUUUCUCCGCAGUACACUGGCAUCCAUGGUGGAAAUUGGCGAUCAGGAGCUGAUGAACGACCAAAAAAAGCUGGACUUUGUUCUUGGGCCGCAUGAUGCAGCAGUGCACACGUGUCUCGUAGCUGCGAUUACUGUAUCGUCACAAUCAGCGAAAGCCUGGCUUCAUUACAGCGACUGGUGCUAUGGAAGAGGGAAAGAAGAGAUAGCACUGGUUGCAAAUCAAAACGGUUAUGUUCGGCUAGAGCCGUCGGAGGAAGCGGAGGUGAAUGACCUUUUGUACGAAAUCGGUGUUGCUCAACUAGACCAUGAUCUCAUCACUCGCGCCUUUUGUCAUUUGAUGGAAAACGGUGAGCUCACCAACCAACGACAGGAGAUUUUUCAGCAGCUUUGUGUGAAUAAAGCGCCACCAAACCACACAAGUGAUGCAAUACACCGUCUAGUCCAGCUGCAACGAGCCUGCCACUCCAAGAUUUUUCGGUUCUUAUCAAUGGCUGCUCGUGGCUACGAGAAAUACUUGACGGUGCUCCUCAACAGUUUGGACUCUGAUUUUUCGAGGCAGACGACGGUUGCACUGCGGCUGCUUAACCUCCUGACGACGUACGGGGUCGAAAGUGAUGUAGUUUCGGCCCUCGAAGGAGCAUUUACGAAGGGACCAUUGAAUCCCUGGACUCGGGUUGUUCCUCAGUUGAUUGCGCGGGCACGUCAUCCGGCUGCGGCCGUGUCGUCUUUGGUAUGUUUAGUCCUCAAGCGGUUGGUGCAACAUUCACCCCAUAUCGUUGUAUACCCGACUGUCAUGGACGCAAUGGAGUCUUCGGUGACUUUCCAAGAGGAGCGAAGUGCAGCAAGCAACUCGUUUACGUCUGUUUUCAAUGCGCUACAGAAUGGAGCUUAUAGGCAAGUUGAAGGCGUACGGAUGUUAGUAUCUGAGCUCCUUCGAAUAUCGGUCUUAUGGGAUGAAGCGUGGAUUAGCACAUUGAUGAAACUGACGGCGGACGUAGCUCGGCGGGCAUGUGCUUUGGACAAGGAAGCCACUCAAUGGGAUAAAACGAACUCAUUGUGUGCUAGCGAGAAGAGUCAACUAGCGCAGCGAAAGCUGGUGGCAUUUAUAAGAUUAAUCUUGGUAUCUAUUGAACGGUUGUGGGAGGAAACAUGUGGUGGCGCCACGGACCAACAAAGCGUAUCGCCCCAUGAGUACGCAUUUCUGAAAGAAUACGGAGCAUUGAUCAAAGCAGCCAUGGUAAGUUUGCAAGACCAUUGCUCCUGUGAAGUGCCGUCAGAAGGUCCCAGUACACUACAAGAGAUCUGGCAACCUUUUGCUAAAGUAUUGAAGGCACUGAUGCAUGGUGGAGGACGAAGAGAACAACUGCCGCUUCAGGAUAUAUCACCAGCAUUGGCUUCAGCGUCUCGUGAAUUAGUGCAUGUUAAUAUGCCUGGGGCAUCUUCCGGACAUGGCGACCCCGUUACAAUUUAUCGUAUUAAUCCAUUUGUAACUGUGCUUAGAACGAAGACAAAGCCGAAAUCUUUGGAGUUUGUUGGAUCCGAUGGAAAGAUGCACAAAUAUCUGCUGAAAGCCCGAGAAGACUUACGUUUGGACGAGCGAAUCAUGCAAUUUUUGCGAGUGACAAACGAUUUCUUACGUAAUGACGAUGCUGCAGCUGCUCGAGAUUUGUCAGCCCGAAGCUAUAGUGUCGUACCGCUUUCUAGAAAUGCUGGCUUGAUCCAGAUGGUCCCAGACGUUGUUCCACUCUUUCAAGUGUAUGCAUCUCGAACUGAAAGCCGAUCAGUAGACAAGCAAGUAUCCCAGGAUCGUAUUACAGCAUCCCCUGCACAGCUGCAGCAGCCACCACCUCCUACAGCUCAGUUUUACGCGAAGCUAAGACAUCAUGGAAUCAAAAACGUGUCACCCAACAAUCGGGCUCGUUGGCCGAUCGCUAUGUUAAAACAAGUAUUUCAGGAGCUGGUUGCGCAACGUCCUCGCAAUGUGCUGUCGCAGGAAAUGUUGCUCCGUAGCAAAGAUCUACGAGAAACUUGGGCCAAGAGCGCGCGGUUUAGCAGAUCCCUUGCGGUAAUGUCCGUUUUGGGAUACAUUGUUGGCUUGGGCGACCGGCAUCUGGACAACAUCAUGCUCUGUAUUGAUAGUGGGGACAUUGUCCACAUCGACCACAACGUAUGUUUUGAGAAGGGACGGAAUCUCAAGGUGCCAGAAAUUGUGCCGUUUCGACUGACGCCAAUGUUGCAAGAUGCACUUGGGUUUACAGGUAUAGACGGGAAGUUUCGAAUAGCUCUUGAAACCACCCUACGCGUUGUGCGCUCCGACGAUGUUCGGGAAACAUUGAUGAUGCUCUUUGAAGCGUUUGUAUACAGUCCUCUUGUCGAUUGGAUCUCUGACGACAAGCGACAAAGGCAGUCGGGAGAAUCGAAGGCUCGACUCGAAGAUGAUAUAAACCUCACGCUGUUUCUAUCGCGAGCUGAAGAACGGCAGCAAGAUACUGUCUCCUUUGGACGCCAGUAUGAGCAAAUUGCUGACGCAAUUACUUGUAGUGUCAUUGAAAGAACGAAGUUACCUCUUGUGCGUUUACUUGAGUAUCGCAAGCGACUACAUCGCCUGGAGAACGAAGAGCAAGUAUCAUUGCAGGAGUCUUUAGAAAAAGAGACAGAACUGUCAACUUGUCAAAGUACUAAAACUACUGAGAAUUUUGAAAUGGGGGCUGCUACGGCUCAGCUAGCGACGAUAAUUGCGAAAAUUAGGUCUUUCGCGAACGACUGCUUGGCGAGACAUCGACAAAUUGCGACAUGGAGGCGGAAGAGUAUACGUUUCGCAGAAAGUGAUCCUGAGGUGGGACUGAGUGCCGUGACAAGAGGGGUGGAAUCAGCCUCCUUUCAGGAAGUACAUGCUACGCUGUGCGGUAUGUUGGCUGAAUCUUCGAAUUCUGAUAAGAAAGAGAAAUGCCUAGCCGCAUUAGAGCACAAGUGCCGCUCACUUGAUGCAAAUGUGAAACGUGUGCGGUGCGAAAUUGAAAAGAUUGCUUUGCAUUUGAUACCUCACGUUUGUGCUUACGGUGAAUGGCAUAAGGAAUUGGAUGCAUACCUGGAUUCAGAGCACAAAAUGCUAGCCAAGGAUGUAUACCUUGAGUGGUGGACUCGUUCUCUGGAAUGCUUGCAUGGACUUGAAAGUGGCCCGUUCAUGCCAAUAACAAUAAAUGCAGAUGAAGUUGUUGCGGCAACGAUGAAUUCUUCGAGCGUUUCUGCGAUGGAAAGCAUCGAUUGCUCAGAAUCGAUCUUAUGCCGUCUCGAUAAUAGUGACCUGAGGUUCCCCAAUGUCAGUGACAAAGUGAAAGAGAAUGCAGCGUUUAUCUCACAGGUGGACUCAUUACUACAGAACGUGUGGAAAGCGCUUUCUGCAAUAGAAGUGUCAAAUGAUCAAGGGUCAGAUCGGAUGAAAUAUGCGGGGGCGUCCUGGAUUGUCGAUGCUAUCGAACAAUUAAGCUAUCGCUCCAGCACUGAUCGAUUCAAGACUGCUGGCGCCUUCACUCCGGUACUAGUUUCGUCAUCGAGCUUCGAGCAGAUCGUUGCUGUUUCUUACACAUGUACUACUUUGCUUGAGUUUAUAACUAUGCCAAAAGAUCCAAGGGAGAGUCUAAAAGGCGAUCAGCUUUUGGGAAAGGUCUAUGACAAGGCUUUACGAUUAAACGACCAAGGCGCAGGAAAAAUGCUGCUCCUAUUUAUCGACGUUCUCCAGGUAGUUGCAUCGUUUGCCGACGUGCUGCAGGAGGAAUUUAUCUCUAAUAUUCACGGUCGACUAUGGAGUGACCAUGCGUGUCAAGACUUAUCGAGAUGCAAUUGGAGUACAUCAGAUGGCUCGCAACGUAUCCUUGAUGCCAUACUGGUGUCAGCUAUAGCCCAUGGUGAUUUUUCUUCGGCGCAAGUGCUCUUUGAAGAGAAUCCUGGUAUUCAGAAUGCAUUUGCAGCUGUUACAACGAUCACGCAAAAGGUUUCGGCUUUGGUCGACUCAUUACAGCAAGAAUCGAUUGUAACUGAUGAAGAAGCAGAACGUAUCACGCGGUCGUCCAGCUCUAGUUGGAUCGAUAUGGUAUUCGGCUUCAUCAAGCUUUCAUCCACCGAUAAACCGAAGCAAGACAUCGACCAAGAAGCACGUGCACUUUGGUCUGGUCAUUUGGAUAUGUUUGUUUCCAACUGCUUGUUGAAGCUUCUCCAGUACGUCCUUUCUCACGCCAUUUCACACGAGUGGAAGAUCGACUUUUAUGCACUAGCUCCAGGGCUCGAUGUUGCCACGGUUGAGGCAAACCAGGUGCCGAUCCGUUCACGAUGGCUUGCAUUUGCCUGUCCUCAAGUUUCGGACGCAAUACUAUCUACGUCGUCGAAUGAGUCGGUGGUGUCGCUAGCAAGUGCGCUUGAGAAGUCAGUGUCUGAUCUCAUGACGGUUUGCGAAAGGUACUGGACCCAGCAGUGGGGGACAAACCAGUCGGAGAGGUGGAAGCAAAGGAUGUCUGUCCUUAGGACACCGCAAGCAAGACAGCUUCGAUGUGCAACAUGGCUCGCGAAUGAACCUUUGGUAUUAACCGAUGCAGCACAAGCACCAGGCCUCAAGAGAGUCCAACUGCUUGCACUUCUGUCUUCACAAGUCUCUCAUUUGAACUCUUUGCUUGUAGAUCAAGCUACCGUUGAAGCAAACGUGCACGAGUUGGUGCAACAAAUGGACUACAGUGUGCUGGCUUUGAGCACUGCUCCCGCCAAUGACUGGUCAUGUUCCAGCGAGAGCUUGCACGACCGUGUUCAGAUAUGCCGCAGUAACGCGGUUGCGCUUUUUGAUAAUGGUCGAGCUCUACAUGACCUCGUUGAAGGCAUUAUCAUGGUUGAGACAUCAUCCUGCGAGGUAUCUCAGGUCGAGAAGCAGGAGUUUGAAGUGAAUUGUACUGGCGAAGACCUUUUUCGGGAAGCGUCCGAAGCUACUAAAGCACUUCAAUCGUGCAUUAAAGCAGUCAGUGAGGCGGAGGCUCGUGCGCGCACUCUACAUGAUGAGGUGGUGUGCAAACAGGAUGUGCACAAAACCAUAGCUUCCGAUCGACGGGCGGCUGAAGCUGAAUUUCGCAAAUUGUGUAGUGCAAAUGAAGACGCAGCAGUAGAAACCACAUGUGAAGUGCACAAACAUGUCAAAGACAUGCGUGCAUUAAUGAAAGGAUGGAACACGCAUGAGUCACCACAGAAGAAAGUUGUAUCGGCAGGACCCGAGAGUCUACAAUCUCAAUUACAGUCACAGACGGAAACGCAUACGCCGCUGUCUGCUGGUCGUUCUUUUUCAAGAUCCACGACGGCGUGUUCCUUCAUGAAAAAUGAUCAACUUGUGAAGGAACUGCAGCGCAGUCUCCGAUCAGCAAACCACCUCCAGAUGCUAGGAGGUACUUUGCAGCGACAUGAGGAAGUCUGCAUUGAUUUCCAAGAAGCAAUUGGUCCGAUUGAUCAAGCUUUGACGGCAUUUGAUACCCAAGCUGACCAACUCUUGGCGCUUGGAGGCCAUCCGGACGCAAGUGCACUGCUUUCGUUACUUCUCGAUUUGGUUGAGGCACUUCGUCUGUUCACAGAGGACUUUCAGUCUCGAGUCGAUACGUCGGAUGAAGCUCCGACGACAUCUCUCCUCGUAGCAGGUCGUGAUAUCGUUCGUCGAUGCGUGAAGGUAUUCUUUGAAGCAAUCGAAAUGGCUGGUCGACUCACGGGUGCAGAAGAACAAAGUCGAAGACCAAGCGUUGGCAUGUCCAUGCAACAUGUAUAUGGCGAGGAUGAGGACGAACAGCAUGCAGACACAGACAGCUCGGCUCAUGCUAAUAUUGCCAUCGAGUCAGGAAGCAGCAUUGUAUCAGGUGCGGGUAGCGACUUUGGCAGCAGCAAUUAUGGCCACCCAACCGCUAGUCCUUCGUACCUUGAGGAAAAAAGUCGGCACGGUUUGCAAGUCCUCAAGCGGAUUGAAGAAAAGCUGUCAGGAGUGGUGACGGAAAUGGCUCAUGCUCCUUCCACGCUGACAGUGGAGCAGCAAGCGUCAUGGCUAAUCGAUGAAGCUACAAAGAUCGACAAUCUCUGCGUCAUGUACGAAGGUUGGACACCGUGGAUUUAG